AAUACAAUACCAGAUACGCAGUUAGGGCUCAGUGCCGAAGAGAUCCAGCUACUUCGGCAAGGUCAGGCCGCGUUGGGAGGCGGCGCAGGUUCAGCAAGCUCUCGGGCCGCCAGCAGAGCUAGCAGCCAGGGCCUCUUGAUGCUAGACAGCUCAUCACUUUCAGCUCUGGGGCGAUACUUUGACCGAUUAAUGGCUGGCAUCGAGCAGAACAUCCGCUACCUCAGCGAGCAGGCCCAAAUGUUUACACAAGUUCAGUACGACCGAGCCGGUAACAUCAUUGAUGGCGCCGACGCCGAAAUCGCACGAUAUGCCGACAUCUUACGGCAACUCGACGAGCUCGAGGUUGAUUUCGAUAGGAUAGCCCAUAUUAAAGAAAUCGUCAAGGGAUACAGAUCAAGGGUUGAAACACUGGAAAAGGAUUUAGAGAGUAGCGGUGGCGGCUCGUCAAAUCGACACAAACAU